UACUUUGUGAGCUGUGAUUGGUCACAGCUUGUCACAUGGUACAAGGCUGUUGUGAAUAGCCUUCUACCAUGUGACCUCUGUGAUCAUUCACAGAUUUCACACAUAGUAAGCAAUGAAGUGACAACUUGCUUACUACUCUGCAUGUGAUCACUGAUUGGCCAAUCAGUGAUCACAUGAUCGGGACCUCACACAGAGGUCCCAUCCGACGAUCAGUGUUCCGAGGACACAGCGGGCACCGGAUCGCUGUGCUGCAUGCUCCCAGGGAGCACGCACAAGCACGGUGUGGGGAAGCCGUUUGUAAACGGCCACCCAACCCUGCACUGCCACCGUUCGGCCGUUUAUAUACAACUGGCAGAUGGGAAGUGGUC